CAGGCGAGAGCAGCAUUCUGGGUAAUGCGUAGCUCUUCCUGCGGCUCCCGCGGUCGCUCGGGAGCGACCGCAGGGAAACUUCGACAUAAACUGCGCGCGUGAGACAAAACAUUGCGGAUUUCGCUCUUUGUUUCGGUUGAUUUUAUUAUGUUGUUAAGGUAUAAAUGCUUCAAAAAGGUACUAAUUGAAGUAAUAAAGCCAUUAUAAAGCAAUUACCCACAAAAUUUUGAUCAGCAUCUCCUUUCAAAACAACCGUGCCAUUCUCGUCGCCGGCCGCAGCGGCCGCAGCCGCGAGGGUGUUCAACCUAACCGAUAUUAGGCUCCGCCUCCCGGCCGCGGGAGCCGCGGCGGCCGCAGAGCACUUGAACAGGGCUCAGGGUAUAACCAGGGCAGGUUAAGUAAAGUCCGACCUCACCCCAUGUUAUUUUUUAAUAUAGGGGUUUAUGAACUCGAAGGUGUACGUGACGUGGUCGGCGAGCAUUCUGGAGUUGUAACUUGUAAGGUCGGGUUGGAUCGCCGCCUUUGCAGGGAUCACCGUCGAGAUGCGCAGGGAAUAUACGCUGGCAUACCACGAGCGCCUCAAGAAAGUUACUGAAAACGAUGGGGUCACGUUGAGAUGCACAACUGAGCUGAAAGUUAACUACGGACACAGAUGAUGAAGCGAGGGGCAGAAGACACAGGCGGAGCAUACAAUGAAAAAAUCCUGAUUCAUAAUGAAACAAAAUUCCUAGACCUUCAUUGGAAAAAAGACAAGGCUCCAAAUGUGAAAAUAUACACGGCUGAAAAAGAUCCGUGCCUGUACAUACAUGGGACCGAACAUGGCAGAGAAAAAUGAAUGCUGGGGACUGUUAUGUCAUGUAUUACCAUGUGGAAUGCCAAUGUUAAUAGAUCGGAUUUGCACCAUAUGAAUGUUUUAACAAGAUACCACCAGAAACCAUUGUUACCAUUGAGACCAUUGGUAACCCAUAGACUAUCAGAAAACAUGUCUAAUGGUUUCUUAUGGCCUAAUGGUUUCUUAUGGCCUAAUGGUUUCUUAUGGUCUAAUGGUUUCUUGUGGUAUGGUGAUCAUACCAUAAGAAACCAUUAGACCAUAAGAAACCAUUAGGCCAUAAGAAACCAUUAGACCACUAGCCCAUUAGACCAUCAGACCAUUAGACCAUCAGACCAUUAGACCAUCAGACCAUUAGACCAUCAGACCAUUAGCCCAUAAGAAAUCAUUAGACCAUUAGACCAUUAGCCCAUCUGUCCAUCAGACCAUAAGACCACUACAAACCAUUAGACCAUUAGACCAUUAGGGUUUCAAUUUCCAUAUAGACCAUUAGACCAUUAGACCAUUGCUAAUGGUUUUUUCUCUAGGGGUAGUUAGUAGUUACGCACAAUCAAGGCCAUCUAUAGACGCACAAUUCUGUUUUUAUUUUUCUAUUUUGUUUUGAUAUUUCAAUGGUGCAGGUAGUUACCUUUUACCCAACUUUUACCUCACUUGGCAGGACUUUGGGGGACGUUGGGAGUCCAGAGGCCUUUUGGACCCGUUCUGAUCGAUCAAGCUCUUUGGAUCUCGCCUCUAGGUGAGACCAGUUGUUGCUAAUUACUUCUGAGCUGCCCGUUUGCAAGAGAGCAGGCUUCAUCGGGCAGCGAUGGCCUUUUCACGGAAGUCGGGCCGUCCCUCGGACACAGUCUGGCCAGAGUCAGCUGACUGUCUCACACUCGAUUUUGGCCCAUUUGAGACGGUCCAUCGCUGGCGCAAAAUGCCAGAGCUGUACAAGUUUGUUGGAGACAGGCGCAGCAAGCACACUGUGGUGGCGUACAAGGACGGCAUCUACGUGUUCGGUGGCGACAACGGGCGCACCAUGCUCAACGACCUGUUGCGCUUCGAUGUCAAGGAGAAGUCGUGGGCCAAGUGCGCGUUCAACGGCACUCCGCCGGCGCGACGUUAUCACCACUCGGCCGUGUUGUACGGUUCGUCGAUGAUAAUUUUCGGUGGCUAUACGGGCGACAUCCACUCCAACUCGAAUCUCCGGAACAGGAACGAUCUCUUCGAGUACAAGUUCAACUCGGAGCAGUGGGUCGAAUGGAAGUUCACGGGACGAGCGCCCGUGGCCCGGUCCGCGCACGGUGCCGCCGUCUACGACAACAAACUGUGGAUCUUCGCCGGCUACGACGGCAACGCCCGGCUGGACGACAUGUGGACCAUGUCGCUGACGGGCGACACGCACGUCUGGGAGGAGGUCAAACAGCACGGCGAGUGUCCGCCCACCUGCUGCAACUUCCCCAUGGCCGUGGCGCGCGACUCCAUGUUCGUGUUCAGCGGCCACUCGGGCGCGCGCAUCACCAACUCGCUCUUCCAGUUCAACCUCAUCGACCAGGUCUGGAGCCGGAUCUCGACGGACCACAUCCUGCGCGGCGCCCCUCCGGCGCCCACCCGCCGCUACGGCCACACGAUGGUGGCCUACGACCGGCACCUGUACGUGGUGGGCGGCGCCGCGGACUCCACGCUGCCAAACGACCUGCACUGUUUCGACCUGGACACGCAGACGUGGUCGACGGUGGUGCCGUCGGCCGACUCCCAGCUGCCCUCCGGGCGUCUCUUUCACGCGGCCGCCGUCGUCCACGACGCCAUGUACAUUUUCGGCGGCACCGUGGACAACAACGUGCGCAGCGGCGAAAUGUACCGGUUCCAGUUCUCGGCGUAUCCAAAGUGUACGCUGCACGACGACUUCGGCAAGCUGCUCGAGUCCCGCCAGCUGUGCGACGUCGAGUUCGUGGUGGGGCCGCAGGAGACGCGCGUACCGGCGCACGUGGCCAUGGUGGCGGCGCGCGGACACCAUUUGCGCGCCAAGGUGCGCCAGGCGGCCGAGGCGCGCGCCAGGCAUCUGGAACAGGUGUUUGGUACGGCCACCAUUCCGUACCGGGACACCCCUCUGCUGGAGGUGCCCCUGCCGGACGCGGCGCCGGAGCCGUUCCAGCUGGUGCUCGACUACAUCUACACGGAUAAGAUCGACCCGACCAAGCGGACGCUGGGCGACCGGGAGAGCGGCCGCAUCGUGCCGCUCAUGAUGGACGUGUACCGCCUCUCGCUGCAGUUUGACAUGUGCCGGCUGGUCCAGCUGUGCGUCCAGUACCUGGAGGCGGCCAUCAACCAGCGCAACGUGCUGGUCGCGCUCGAGAACGCCAGCUCGCUGCAGCUCAACUACAUCAAGGAGUUCUGUCUGAGGUUUAUCGUCAAGGAGACCAACUACACGGAGAUCGUGAUGAGCAGCGAGUUCGAGUCGCUGGCGCAGCCGCUGAUGGUGGAGAUCGUUCGGCGCCGCCAGCUGCCCGCCGCCCGGCCGCUGGCCGACCCGCAGUUCGACCACGCCGGAAAGUGUACCGGUACCACGCUGCUGCAGGACAUGGCGACCUUCCUGCGCACCUCGGGCGCAGAGUUCUGCGACAUCACCCUGGUGCUGGACGGACAGCACAUCUCGGCGCACAAGCCCAUCCUGGCGGCGCGCUGCUCCUACUUCGAGGCCAUGUUCCGCUCCUUCAUGCCCGAGGACGGCGUCGUCCAGAUCUCUAUCGGCGACUGCGUGCCCUCGCGGCAGGCAUUCGACUCACUGCUGCGCUACAUUUACUACGGCGAGACGGGGAUGCCGCCAGAGGACUCGCUCUACCUGUUCUCCGCGCCUAGCUUCUACGGCUUCACCAACAACCGGCUCCAGGCGUUUUGCAAGCAGAACCUGGAGAUGAACGUCACCUCUGAUAACGUGAUCCAGAUCCUGGAGGCGGCCGAGCGCAUCCAGGCGCACGACAUGAAGAAGUACGCGCUCAGCCUGAUCGUGCACAGCUUCAACAAGGUUGCGCGGCUGCCGCGCAUGCGCAGUCUGAGCCGGGAGCUUCUGCUGGAGAUUCUGGACGCGCUGGCAGAGGAGAUGCCGGAGGUGCGACUGUGCCAGGACCUGUCCGCGGCCGGUGGCACCGCGGACGGCUAGACGCGGCUGUGAGACGUACCGGGGACGACCGGACUCCCUGCGCGACUGCUCCUUCGGGAUGCUGGGGGACGCACGGACGGCUGACCUCAGGUGGCUGACCUCAGGUGGCUGACGGCUGACGGAUGUGGGUGGGACUGGGGACGGAUAACCCGGAGCGCUUUAUCAGAGCUGUGCUAGGAAACCAACAAUGUCUGUUAGGAGUGUGAGAUCUCCGUUCAGAGCCGUGGUCGACAGGGUACAUAUUAUAUUGUCUAUUUUUUGCGCUUCUAGCCAGAGUCAUGUUGCUUCCUACCGAGUCAUGAUUGAUGUCAGCUUCUUGUCGCACAUAGAAUGCCAUUAUACCUUUUUCGUGGAUGUAACGUUUGUACCUGGAAAUCUGUAAAUGUAAUCGCCAUUUGCGAGUGUGUAGUUUUGGCGAACUUGGUGUAUUCUCCAGCAAUGGGUGUGACUUUUCGUUGGGUUAUUUCGGUAUAUCGUUCACUUUUUUUUUUAACGGACAAAUAUUGUGCUGCCCUAUUUUCUCGCAGUCCAGCGAUUCUUUUUGCAUAUAGUGGAUUCUGUACCAUGUACGGUGUGUAAUGCUGUGUUCAUGUAUCGCGUGUUUGGAUCACUGGAGGCCAGCUGUUCCGUAGGGACCGGUGGGCAGUUGUAGGGCGUGUGAUAGACGGCGAGUGCGACCCACGUCUGUCCGGCGUCUUGGAACGCGAUGACUGUUUCAUUAUGUGUUCCUGCCAAAGAAAGUCGCUGUUCUAAUGGGUUCGCUCCACUAGGUGUGCUGAUUGUCGUUGAAGGUGUCAACAAAGUAUUAGAUGCGCUGUGCCUGUGUGCGAGGUGGCGGUAUCUCGCAGACUCUUCCCAACUGUGCUCUGUGAACGGUCGCGAGCUUAUGUGGCGGUACCGCAUUCGUAGUAGGCCAACGCAAUGCCCUUCGAAUGUAAUGCACCGCAAGUUUUGGUUACGCUGCUCCAUUUUAUUUGGAAUAGCUCCUCUGUUUUAUACCCGUUUUAUACCGGUCAUGCCGUCGUUCGUGUUGAUAAUAAAGGGCUUAAUUUUAA